GGCAUGUCUUUGACUGUUGUUUAUUUCGUGAUUGGUGUUUUGGAAAGCAGAGUGCAGACCGUGCAGACGAAAUUUAUUACGAAUGUUCUAAAUGAUAAAUUUUAAUCUCAUUUAAAUGACGAAUUUUCGUUAUUUAAAAUGGGAGCGAAGGACUCUAAACCUUGUUGUAUAUCAUAUGAAGAAGCAGUCAAAAGAGUAACUGAUGCUGAAUUACGUAGAUUGAAAGAUGCUUUCAAGCGAUCAGCUAAUUUAAAUUGUGUUAUAACAAAACCUGGCUUCAUUAAAGAUGUGCUAGGAGAGUUUGUACCUUUAAAACUUGCUGAAUAUAUUUUUCAAGCUUGUGGUGGUACUAGUAAAGGCAUAAGUUUCAAAGACCUUUUAUGUGGAUUAGUUCUUUUAACAAGAGGAGAAGAACCCGAAAAAAUAAAAUUUAUCUUUUGUUUGUGUUGUAAUGAAGCUGGUACUCAUGUUUACAAAGAUAACCUUGUCCGAUUGGUACAAGCUUGUGAUAAUGGAUAUGUUCCUGAAGCGAUAGCCGAUUGUUUCUCAGAUAGUGAGCGUGUCACAUUUGAAGAAUUCAAAGAUUGGCUUUUGCAUCGACGAGAUGCAACUUCACUUACGAACUGGCUAUUGGUGGAGAAGGACACUGUUACUCUCUCUAAUGAGUUGGAGACACCCACUUUUUAUCAGACACUUGCUGGAGUCACUCAUUUGCAAGAAUCAGACAUAAUUGACUUGGAAAAAAGAUACUGGCUUCUAAAAACACAAUCAAGAAGUGGACGUCUAGAUUUAGAAACUUUAAGACCUCUGAUCUGUCCUCCUGUUCCACUCGUUUUAUGUGAAGGCAUUUUUAAUGCUUUUGAUGAAAAUCAAGAUGGACAUAUUGAUUUUAAAGAGAUGGCUUGUGGAAUCUCAGCUUGUUGUCGAGGUCCACUGACAGAAAGACAAAAGUUUUGUUUCAAAAUUUUUGAUCAAGAUCGUGAUGGAAUUUUAUCAGAAGAGGAAGUUAAAAACAUGGUGCAAGUUCUCCUGUUUGUCAAGAAUGAAAAUAGAAUUUUGUGUCGAAAUGAAGCAAUUAUGUCUUUUUCGGCAUCCGAGAAUCAUGAUUUAAAUGAUGUUGUGAAAGAAAUUAUAGCCAACCAUGACCCUAAUCUAGCUGGUGCUCUAACUUUAGAUGAAUAUUUAUGUUGGACUGUGGGCAAUAAUUUGUCUUUAGAAUUCUUAAAUAUUCUCUUUCAGGUUUGCCAUGUAAUAUUUGGACUUAGGCCAUAUACGAAAGAAGACGAAGGAGACAUUAUUAGAUCUUGGAUAGAAAGAGAAGAAAGAAGAGGAAUGCAGGUUGGAAGCUUGUGGUAUUUAAUAGCAAGUGAUUGGUGGAUUUCUUGGAAUGAAUAUGUAGAUUAUCAGGGACCACUGGCCAGUGGCUGCUGCACCCCCACUUACCCAUCUGGUAGUCUGAAAAGAAACAGUAAGAUGCAGCGUCGGGUAGAUGGAAGUGUUGCACAAACUGACGAUGGUAGUUCCAAUGUUAUUUUAUCUAGCGUGACUAGUGUUGGUGAUGAAUCGUCGACCUCUUUGUCCGAGAGCAUCAGCAGCAUCUUGAGUUCUUUUAACAGUGACAGCAGUUCCAAUGCGCUUUCCCCUGACUCUUUGGGUAAUGGUGGAACAUCUUUAGUGCGAACUAAAAGCAACACAUUACAACCUCCAGAUCUUUUGAGGACGCCAAAUCACUCUCCUAAUGUGAAUCGAAGGAAUAUGUCAUAUGUGCCACAACGUCCUACAUCUAUAGAUAAUACGUCUUUAAUUGUACCGAAUACUUUAAAAGUUAUAUUUUUGACUGGAGAAGGGGGAAGAUUACGUAAAAAUCCAACUUUGUUGAGAGGCAGAGAUUUUGAGUUAGUACCUGAAGCUGUUUGGCGGGCACUUUCUCAGUGGUAUGGUGGUUCUCCUCAAUUGCCCAGACAGGUGAUUUUACCAAGGAAUGGCAUGCCUGAACUAGAAUUGUACCUGCUGACUUUAAAACUUUAUAGACAUCAACCAAACACUGGUAGACCUGUUGCAAAUCCUUGGGCUGGUGCUGUAGGAAAUGUAGCUUCUUCUUAUGGUGGUAAUCCAUCUUUGUACAUGACUAAUUUACCUACUGUUCAUAAGCGCUACUUAGCUUAUCUAGCUUCUUUUAGCCACUUAGCAACAUUGCGUCAAGUGUUUGAGUUCAUAUGUAUGCGUCUACGCUUGAGGCUAGAAGAAACUCGUCUAUGGUUAUAUAAAGAUGAUAGUAAUCUCACACUGCUGGAAGAUGAAAACAGCUCUCUUCAGCAGUUAGGAAUUGAAGAUAAUGAACAAAUUCUCAUUGAAGUGCGAAACAAAGAUCAAACAUGGCCGGAAGAGAUGACUAAUGUAAUGAAUGCAAAAUGGGAUCAGAAAAGCCAAGGUCCUACAGAAAAAGGAGCUACAGGUCUUAAUAACUUGGGAAAUACUUGCUUUAUGAAUGCUGCAUUGCAAUGUGUCAGCAAUACCCAACCUUUAACCUUGUAUUUCAACUCAAAUAGACAUCUUUAUGAGCUUAACAGGAUAAAUCAGCAUGGAAUGAAAGGCCAUAUUGCAAAACGCUAUGGGGAUCUUGUUCAAGAUUUAUGGAGUGGUACUUCUCGAACAAUAGCUCCUUUAAAACUGAGGCUUACAAUUGGGAAAUAUGCACCACGUUUUAAUGGUUUUCAGCAACAUGAUUCACAAGAAUUAUUGGCUUUUCUAAUUGAUGGACUUCAUGAAGAUUUAAAUAGAGUUCAUGAAAAGCCUUACUCAGGUCUGAAAGACAGUGACGGGAGACCUGAUGAAGAAGUUGCUUUUGAGGCAUGGGAAAAUCAUGUUCGCCGAGAACAAUCAAUUAUUGUGGACUUAUUUCAUGGGCAAUUGCAAUCUACUGUCACUUGCAAAGUGUGUGGUCAUACGAGUGUUCGCUUUGAUCCUUUUAACUACCUGUCUUUGCCCCUUCCAAUGGAAUCCUGUAUACAUCUAGAAAUAGUUGUGAUACGUUUGGAUGGUAGCAAACCAGUGAAAUAUGGUCUUCAGCUCAAUCAUGAUGACAAAUAUACUGCUCUUAAGCAACAGUUGGGGAAACUUUGUAAUUUAAACCCUCAGCAAUUGCUCGUGACUGAAGUGUCAGAAGCAACUUUUAAGAGUAUACCAUUAGAUGAUAAUCGAAUCAGAAUCGUGGGUGGUAGUAGCUUUUAUGCUUAUGAGCUUUACUUUCAACAAGAUUAUGUCAUGGAAGAAGAAGCAAGGCCAACUAGAGAAACACAUACUUUGACUCAAAUCCAAAGAAUGCCUUUGUCAGAUUCUUCCUCUAAAGUAUUUCCUUCACCCAUUCUCAAGAAAGCUCCUGCCGUCACCUUGAAUGGGGAUGCCUACAAAAUUAGCAAUGAACGAGAAUGUGGUGAUGGUCCAGGAAAAUCUAUAUUUUCUGUUGGAGAUUCUGACAGUGAUAGCACAAAUUCUCAGAUGAACAGUCCACCUGUUCAACAGUCUCAGGGUCCUUGGAUUUUAGGGGGUGCUCCAAAUUAUACAUCAAAUAUGUCAUCUAGUAUGGUUAGCAAUUCAUCAACUGGAGAAUUCAAUUCUGAUUUCUAUCAAAAGAAUUUUGUUGUUGGUUAUCAUAGAAAAAUGAUAAGGCAAGAUGUAUAUUUUCUUUCAAGUCAAAAGUGUCGACCCACCUUGUUUGGACUUCCUCUAAUUCUUCCGUGUCACGAAAUGACUACAAAUCAAGACCUAUACCAAGCAGUGUGGACACAAGUUGCUCGACUAGUGUCUCCAUUGCCUCCCUCUGAAACUGCAGUAUCAAACCAUGCACAAGAUUGUGAUGACAGUUUAGGUUAUGAAUAUCCUUUUACAUUGAAGGCAGUUCAAAGAAAUGGCUAUCUUUGUGCUCAUUGUCCAUGGUACAGGUUUUGCCGAGGUUGUAAAAUAGAAUGUUGUGAUGCAGAUUUCAAUUUUGGUUGUGCAGUUAUCGCCAUAGAUUGGGAUCCCACUGCCUUACAUCUACGUUAUCAAACUUCAUUAGAAAGGGAUUUCAUUGAGCAUGAAAGUGUUGAUGCUACUAAGAGAUUACAAACAGAGCCUAUUAACUUAGAUGACUGUUUAGAAGCUUUCACUAAAGAAGAACAGUUGGGAGAAGCUGAGAAAUAUUAUUGUUCAAAGUGCAAAGAGCAUCAGUUAGCUUCAAAAAAAUUGAAUAUUUGGCGAUUGCCUCCUAUUCUUAUUGUUCAUUUGAAAAGAUUUCAGCUGCUACAUGGACGAUGGGUUAAAUCGCACAAGAUAGUUCAAUUUCCCUUUGAGGACUUUGACCCUACGGAUUAUCUGGCCCAGGUGCCUCGUGAAACAAUCAUCAAAGCCAGGGGUCCAUCUAAUAAUGUGCAAAUCAUCAACCAUCUUGAUCACAAUGAUAACUGUGCUGGACAGUCUUCUAAUCAAAAUGUUCCUAGUCAAAAGAAACUUAUUAGUGAUAGUUUAUUUACAAAUGAAUCCAUAGAAAUCUGUAAUGGAGAGAUUGCCACUGAAUCCUCAUUUAUUUCUGAUUUGCCAGAUUAUCACCAGCACAGGUUAGCUGAUGCUGACCCUUUCUCCAUGAAAUAUAGGUUAUAUGCAUUAGCAUGUCAUUCAGGUAUCCUGGGUGGUGGCCAUUAUGUAUGCUAUGCAUACAAUCCUAAUAAUAAGUGGUAUUGUUACAAUGACAGCAGCUGCAAGGAAGUGCAACGUGAUCAAAUAGACACAGACUCUGCCUACAUGUUAUUUUAUGAAAGAGAGGGUAUUGACUACGAGCAAUAUAUGCCAGAUGUUAAAGGUAAAGUGCCAGAUACUAGUGACAUAGACGCUGAAUUUGAAACAGAUUUUCGAAAAAUGUGUAGUCUUUCAUAAAUUGAGCUUUUUUUUCCUCCCCAAGAUGACAUUUCUUAUAUCUCUACAAGACACGUAAGCUCUCACAUCAGACUGAAAAAUAUCCAAAGCAAUUUUUGUGUUUUAUUUAAGUCGCCAACUGGAGGCAAGAAUCAGCCGGCAAUUACCUAGUCCUGAGAAAUGUGCAUCAUCACAUUAUGCCAAGUAAUUCUAUUUCAAUGUUGGUUUCUGUAUAAAUUGUUUUUUUUUUUCUUCUAACGUUGUGAUGCAUCUUUGCUGAUAUGUCUUGUUAAAUGAAUAAUUUUGCUAUUCUGUGUGAUAGUAGUAAGGGAUAUUCAUCAUGAAGAUGCUAUUCAUUUCUUUUGUCAUUCCAUAUGUUUUUCUUUCAUUUCAUUGUCUCAUUUGAAAACAUAUUUAUGAAAUAUUUGAAAAAAAGAAUGACCGUAGUAUGUUAGAAAUGAAACUACAUAAUUUAUACAACUGUUUUAAAUAAAUGAGGCAAAACAUUUUUGCAAAGAUUAAAUUAAAGGUAAUUAUUGAUUAAUAAUUGAAAUCUAGAUUUGAUUUUCAUUUUAAUAAAGACACAAAUUUUAUUACAAUGAAAUAGAAAACUGUGUAAUUUAUUGAUUUUGUUACCAAAUAAAAUCUAUCUAUGGCACUAUUUAAAGUAUAAUGGUUGAUAUAAAUUCUUUUUUUUUCUCUCUUUAAUUGUUAAGAUUUUAACUCUUGAAUUAUUUCAUGUUAUUAUUUUAUACUAAAAUUUUUUUUCUUCAUUAUUUAUUGAUAAGAGACUGAAUGGUAGAAAUAUUAUUACAAGUUUUAUUCCUACAUUAUUUUUUCUUGAACAUUAAGGAGAUCAAUUGCAGAAAGCCUUUUUAAUUUGUUGACAUUAUUUUUUUUUAUGUUUGUCAUAAUAGGAAUAAAAAAUGUUUUCUAUAAAUAAGUCUGUAUAGUUUAACUUUUUUGUAUUAUAGAGAUUACUUUCAAACCUUAUGUCUUAUGAUUGCUAUUUUAGACUUACUUCAUAUUUAUUACUUACUGAAUGCUAGUUAUUUUUGAUUAAUCACUUUUUUUAAUAAAUGUUAUUUAAGAGUUAAUUUUCUAACAUACUUAGGUUGUUGAAAAAAGGAAAAAAGAAAGAAACUUUACAUUUCAUACCUCUGUAUCAUAUGUUAUUUAAAUUCUUUUUUGUUACUGAUUUAAAGAGCUGCUAGUCAGAUAAAAGUUAUUAAUAAUGAAAUAUCCCUUUAUAUUGUUUUUACUACAUUUUCCUUGAAGUCUGCUUGAAACCACUUCAAAAAUUGAACUAGUCUUAUGUAUGUUUCAUUCAGUUCCCAAUAUUUUAUGAUGUUCCAAUAUUAGCUAAAUAUUUUAAAGGAUAAAUUUAAUAAAACUUGUCAUUCUUCAUCUUGUACAUUGUAUGAUAACAUACAUAAUUUUAUUUACAAAAUAAUUUAUUUGCAGUCUUUAUAUAUAUUUUUUUUCGUUAUUUGUCUUUAUAAACAAUUUUGAAUAAUGUUUCUUAAAAUACAAGCAUUAAAUAUGUUGUUUUUUGUAAAUUAUUACCAAAUUUUGAAAUGUGUAAUGUAAAUUGUAUAGUUCAAUGAUAAAGUUUUAGUGCUAAAUUUUUAAGCAUAGUUGUUUUAAAGGGGGGGGGAAAUGAAUUUAUUAAGUAUUCUAAAAUUUUGGAUAAAAAAUAGUUUGUUAAAAUAGGGGGAUUGUCUAUUGCGAUGGACAACAAAAGGAUUAGGUGGAUCUAAGUUAGAGAAAAUUUUCUCUUUUAUUUCAAUAUUUUAUUUUUCAUAUUUAAUUCGAUGUUUUAUUCGUUUUUUUUUUAAAUAUAUAUUUGGUCAAUUUCAUCUUAAAUGAAAAACAAUGUACGAAUAACAAAAUGCGUAUAGAUUAUACCAACUAAAUAUUAUAAUAGUUUUCUAUUCUUGGUGUGAUUGAUUAAAUGAAAAAUACUGAAUCUUUAUGUUGUAAAGUUAUUCAUCAUAAUGUUAUUUUCAUAAUUAACAAGCUUAGUUAAUUCUCCUUUAAAAUAUGUACUUUUUUUAUCACAUACUGAAAGUAUAAAAAAAACAUUGCAACUGACUCCUACUCAUAUAUAUAAAAAAUAAAUGCAUUAAACAUCAUAAAAAGAAAAUUUGCAUCGGUUUUAAAAAAAACUAUUUUGGAAAGGUAUGAUUAAAUGCUACAAUUUCUUUGAAAUAAUCUCAACAUAAAAAUAUUUAUAUUUGGUUGGAAGGUUUGAAAUGAUGUAUAUUUCAUGGUGCACUGAAACUUUUUGUGUUGAAUCUUCAUUUGGUUUUUAAGCGAUUUUGAUGAGUGAGUUAUUGAUUCCAAUAUAAGUAUUGGUGCAAAUUACUGUCUGUUUACAAACAUUCUACAUUUUUCUAGUAAAAGUGCCCUUAUAUUAUUGUGCUAUUCUCAGGUUAGCCACGAGUUUUUCUUUUGUAUAUAGCAAUGUAAACACUGUGAUUCUACUGAAAUUCAAUGUAUCCUUUAGAUAAGACAACUUUUAUGAAAUGACAGAUAUUGUUUCAAAAAUUUUUGACUAUUCGUCUAAAAUAGUUUCCCUAGAUUUCCCAUUGCUUUAUUCUUUUUUAGUUUUAUCAAAUCAUUUAUGUUGAUAAAUAUUUUUCCUUCUCUUUUGAGAAAAUCUUUCAUAAAUAAAAUGUAAUUAAGAUAUAAUAUUUGUUUUUUAAAAGUUUGAGACAUGUAUUCAGUUGUUGUACAUUGAAAAUUCAACCACUAAAUUUUUUUUAUACAAAAAUUUAUUCAUCAACUCUUAUUAUUUAAAUAUAGUUGUUUUAGCUAAAAUUUGUUUCUUGAGCAUAAAACAAAAUAUAUUUUAUCCCUGAAAACUAAGAAUUUUAUAAAGAUCAAACCAGUUUCUAUUUUAACGUUUUAAUUUCAUAAAUGUUUUUGGAGCAAUUUUCUUCGUACUUUUAAUGCAUGUAAAUAAGACUAAUCUGUAUAAUAAAGUAAAACUUUUGUUUUUAACUGAUAGGCUGUUAUUUUAAUUUAUUUUAAAUACCAGUUUAAUUUCGACUAUUAUAUAUUGUAUUGAUAGAAUUUCAAUCAAAAAUGUUAAAAUACAUUUAUAAUUACUCAAACUUUUAACUAUAAAUUAGUUUUUAAAUUGAGAGAAUACUUCUGUAUUUCUCAAUGUAAUCAAAUAAUUGCCCCUAGCCAUUCAAGGCUAAUUUAAGAUGCCACUUUCCACGCAAAACAGCUUAGACACAAUUAGAAAAACUUUCUACUUUAGUUAUUCUAAUGAUCAUUAAAAUUUAUAAGUUCACAGUUAUAAGAUUUAUUUUCUUUAUCAUUUUUGUGGGCUUUGCAAUGCUAUGCUCAUUUUUAUGCUACGCUAUACUUUAAUCGCAUUUGUCUUGUUAUGUUUGGAGAAAAUAGCAGCUUUAAAGUUCUCGUAUUAUUAACAAAAAUUUGUGAUAGCAAAGCUUUCAGUAUAUUAAUUUUUGUCCUAAUUUUAUCAUCUUGAAAAAUGAAUUUUGCAUGUACUAUUCUUUAGGGUCAGUUUUUCCUUUGUCCAAAUAUACUCCAUUUGCUAAUUGAUUUGUGAUUAUUUUCAAUGGUAAUUAUAGCAAAAAAAAAUACUUUUUUUCAUUGUCUAUUGCUCAAUGUGCAAUUUUCUUGAAGCUGACACAAAACUUACCUUCAAAAGUAGUUUUGUGAAUGCUUUUAUACAGUACUCCAUUUUUAAGCGUGUAAAAUCAUUUUGAUUUAUAAUAAUUCAAAUUCAAUUAAAAUUCUGGAGAGAAAAACAAUUCAACAUAUCGUUUAUUUUCCUCAAAAAGUAUAAAAUUUGUUGUUUGCCAAUUUUCAUCUAAAAGUUUUGUAACAUUUUUCAUUUUUUCCUAUCAGAUACACAUAAACUAUUUAAGCAUAUUGUUUAUUCUACCUUUAAAAUGUGUGUGCUUUAUGAAUGAAAUUUUAAUUUUUCGGUCUUAGGAUUUUUAUUAGUAUUAUUCAUUUAUAACCAAUAUAAUAAUUGUAAAAUAUGAAACCUACCCUAGUUUUCAAGUGAUCAUUUCUAUUUGAGAAAAUUUUUAUAUAAAUUUGUUUAAUGUUUAGUAAUUAAAAACAAAAUGUCAUAAAAAAUAUUUCUGAAUUUCUAAGUGAGAAAAUAUUUUAUAAAAUGAUUUUUUAACAAAUGUUUCGAGAUAAAAGGAUAAGACUUGAAUUUGCAGCUCUUUAAAAUUUAUAUAUUUUGUCCUUUGCCUACCUUUUUGCGUUUUUUUUUAAUUUCCUUUUUUAAACAUAUAUUAAUAUCGCUUAACCGACUUCGCAAUACUUUUCAAUUCAUGUUUUAUUACUAUUAAAAUAAGUUUUCUAUGUUACUCUAGUUUUUGUUAAUUUUUUAAGUUAUGUACGAUUGUAUAAGUUGCAAAGAUGAAAUACCUUGCCAAAGCAAAUAUAUAUAUUAUAGAAAUAUUGUUAUGUUUGAAUUGUUCUGUUUUGUUCUAGCUUUGUUAUAGUUAUUUUGAAUAAUGUCACAAAUUAGUGCCAUGAUCUAUUACUUAGGUAAUUUUUUUUCUUUCUUUUAGUUAUUUCUCACAUUAGCUUUUUGAUCUGAUAUUUAACAUAAAUUGUAACUCUUUUUUUUUUUUCAUUGCUAACUUUGCAAUGGUUCUAUUUUUUUCAAUACAAAAUUGCAAUAGUCACUUAAUUUGUAUUUAUUUUCCUUUAACAUUAUAUAUAAAAUAUUUGUGUGUAUGUCUGUAUACAUGAUUGUUGAAAGUGCAGUUUUUCUAAGUGUGGCUUGUAAAAAUGGAAAUAUAUAUAUUAAAACUCAUAACGAAUGUUGAUCAUUCCUUAUGUACGUGUAUAUAACAGAAAAUGUUAUCUUGCCAUAGUGAUGUGCAUUGGUUAUCUUUUAAAAAUAUUAUUGAUUUUGCAAUAAAAUUUGCUAGAAUGUUG